AUGUCGCCCGAACUCGCGCUCCCCGGCGUGGACGGCAUUGACCAUAACUCGGUCGUCACUGUUGUGCUCGCCUCCUUCGCGACGCUCAUCUACUACAAUGCGAUUGAGCUGAUCAUUCUCUGUUUGGCGACCUUCAAGCGCCGUGGAAGUCUUUACUUCUGGUGCUUGCUCAUCGCAUCGACCAGCCUGAUCCCGAAUACCAGCGGAUACAUCAUCCUCUUCUUCCGCCCCGAGGUCUCACGCUUCGCUGCCAUCACUCUCGUCAUUAUCGGCUGGUGCGGCGCCGUAACCGGUCACUCGCUAGUCCUGUGGUCGCGGCUGAACUUUGUCGUCCAUAACACGCGGCUAUUGAAUGGUCUCCUGGUCCUCAUCAUUGUCGACGCGAUACUCCUCCACAUCCCCACCAGCGUCCUGCUCUACGGCACCGUCUCCCCGAACGAAAGCAUAGCGCACACCUUCGACAUCGGAUACGGUAUUGCGGAAAGAAUACAACUGGUGGGGUUCUGUAUCCAGGAAGCGAUACUGUCGGGAAUAUAUGUCUGGGAAACGGCCAAGCUGCUUCGCUUGCGACCGGAGCGUCGCCACCACCGGAUUCUCGCUCAACUGCUCGCAAUGAAUGUCGUCGUCCUUAUCAUCGAUGUUGCCGUUGUUAUUGUCGAAUAUGCCGGGUUCUACGCUGUCCAGGUCAUGUUUAAACCAGUCGCUUACAGCAUCAAGCUCAAACUGGAAUACGCGGUGUUGGGGAGGCUGGUGCAGAUCGCCCAGGGGGGAUCUUCUGCGGCCUCUGGGCCAUUCGAAACAGUGCCUUCUUCUUCGGCCUGUGAUAGCCGAUUGAAUGGGAUAUGUCUGCUUGGGAAUGAAUUGCACGGGAUAGAGAGACAAGCGUCAAAGCGGCCCACGCCAGUUGAUGCGGGGUGA